ACAGUUGUUAAUGCACAAUUUAAAUCAACAAAUUGUACUGUGUAAGAUUUCCAUUCAAAUUGAAGGCAUAAAUCCAUAGGCUACCUGCUGCCAUUUGUUUUGAAUGCAUAAUGCAACCCGGAAGUGUCCUUAGGUCAUAAACAUAAUGUGGGUGGGACUAACAGAAACAGACGAAUCAUCAAUUUGACAAACGUGUGAUUUGCAGAAGAAGGGUAAGGUGUUUGUCUGUGAAAUAACACUGAUAGGUUUGUUCCUCACAGUUCGACACCGUUCCAGAAACGGUGGGAUCUCCGAACAGCGUCACAUUGAAGGCCUUCAUGGUGCACGCGGAGGAGGUGAUUGAGAGUAAAGUGAUGGAGGAGCAUCGUUCUGCUGAGGGUGAGGGGGAUUUGGUGACCGUCUCAGGUUUGGACACACAAAACCCUUUACAGCGCAGCGUCAGCCAACUCAUCGACCAGAAAGAUGAGGAAGCAUGGGAGCCGCACUUCAGACGCCUCGACAGCGGCCUGUUUGAAGGGGAGGAGUUUGUGGACACCAUCAAAGGUUUCAGCACAGUAAGGAAGGAACACACCAUGUUCACCGACACCAACUUUUGACCACAUCAGCACUUUCUCCAAACAUCCUCUAAGAACUGAGCUGUUUUGGUGAAUUCAGAACCGCUCUGGGACUCACAGGAGGAAACCGGACUAUACAGCACACAAAAAAUAAAAGUUCAUUGACUUGAAAUGAAUAAUUCUGUAAGAUGGCAAACAAGCAUUGUUUUCCAUUAGCUUACAAAACUUAAGAUCAUGACUG